CCAGAAAACCUUCCAUCACUGCCAGAUAUUCCACCCAUACAGUUGGAAGAUGCUGGUUCAAGUAGUUUAGAUAAUCUACUAAGUAGAUAUAUCUCAGGCAGUCACCUACCCCCACAGCCUACAAGCACCAUGAAUCCUUCCCCAGGACCCUCUGCCCUAUCUCCAGGAUCAUCAGGUUUAUCCAAUUCCCACACACCUGUGAGACCCCCUAGUACUUCUAGUACUGGCAGUCGAGGAAGCUGCGGGUCAUCAGGAAGAACAGCUGAGAAGACAAGUCUUAGUUUCAAAUCUGAUCAAGUGAAAGUCAAGCAAGAACCUGGGACUGAAGAUGAAAUAUGUAGUUUUUCAGGAGCUGUGAAACAAGAAAAGACAGAGGAUGGCAGAAGGAGUGCUUGCAUGUUGAGCAGUCCUGAGAGUAGCUUGACACCACCUCUCUCAACCAACCUGCAUCUAGAGAGUGAGUUGGAUGCAUUAACAAGCCUGGAAAAUCAUGUGAAAACUGAACCUACGGAUAUGAGUGAAAGCUGUAAACAGACAGGGCUCAGCACCCUUGUUAAUGGAAAGUCCCCAGUUCGAAGCCUCAUGCACAGGUCAGCAAGGAUUGGAGGAGAUGGCAGCAGCAAAGAUGAUGAUCCAAAUGAAGACUGGUGUGCUGUCUGCCAAAAUGGAGGGGAUCUCUUGUGCUGUGAAAAAUGUCCAAAGGUCUUUCAUCUAACUUGUCAUGUUCCAACACUUCUUAGCUUUCCAAGUGGGGACUGGAUAUGCACAUUUUGCAGAGAUAUUGGGAAACCAGAAGUUGAAUAUGACUGUGAUAAUUUGCAGCAUAGUAAGAAGGGGAAAACUGCACAGGGUUUAAGCCCAGUGGACCAAAGGAAAUGUGAACGUCUUCUGCUUUAUCUCUAUUGCCAUGAAUUAAGUAUUGAAUUUCAGGAGCCAGUUCCUGCUUCGAUACCAAACUACUAUAAAAUUAUAAAGAAACCAAUGGAUUUAUCCACCGUGAAAAAGAAGCUUCAGAAAAAACAUUCCCAACACUACCAAAUCCCAGAUGACUUUGUGGCUGAUGUCCGUUUGAUCUUCAAGAACUGUGAAAGGUUUAAUGAAGCUGAUUCAGAAGUAGCUCAGGCAGGGAAAGCAGUUGCAUUGUACUUUGAAGAUAAACUCACAGAGAUCUACUCAGACAGGACCUUCGCACCUUUGCCAGAGUUUGAGCAGGAAGAGGAUGAUGGUGAGGUAACUGAGGACUCUGAUGAAGACUUUAUACAACCCCGCAGAAAACGCCUAAAGUCAGAUGAGAGACCAGUACAUAUAAAGUAAAAUGACAUGGACUUAAAUCAGUUCUUACAGAAAGAAAGAAAACAAAAAACUUUUAUUUAAGUGUUGCUGGAAUAUCCUGCCUACAGUGGCGACCUCCUUAAAGAAGCUGAUACCUUUUACACAGUGUUAGAUUGAAAUAAUGGACAGAAAACACAUUCUUGUCAAAAAAGGGGGAGAGAACUCUAUUUGCAAUUUUAAAAGUAACCUGAAAGAAAAAGUGAAAUGAUUUGAAGAUUCUUGUUACUAAAGAGGGUGGAAGAGGAUGGUUCUCUCGUUGUUACCAGAGAUGGGCAAAUGUUAAUGAUCAUGUGGUAUUGAUCAGUGCAGGAAACUGAGUGUACAAGUCAAUACACGAGGGUCAUGUCGCUUGAUAAAUUGUCUCUUCAGACUAAAGCACACACACUUAUUAAAACAAGUUUUAUGCCUUUCCCUCCACUCACAUGCAUAAUAGGUUUUCUAGUUAAAAUAAAAGUAGCUCAGAUUCCACUUCAGUGUCAGUUUAGACGUGCAUUGAAAUAUGCUGUAAUUUUUUUUUUUCCUUCUCAUUUUGAUGCUAUUGGGCCUAAGUUUUUGUAUUGGUUUAAAUAACUCAAUAGUAGUUUUAUUUUCUACUCAUACUUAGGGUCUAAAAACCCAGACCAUUAAUCAUCAUUUAGUCAAUUUUAACAGUCUACUGAAGAGGUUGUCAAGUGAAGAGGAAAUAAAUACGGUAACUUUUCAGUAGUGGAUCAUGUACUUUUAUAAUAGUCAUUUGCAGAAAAUGCUUCACAUAAUUGCACUUCCAAAUAAGAUUAUUCCCUUGAAAAGCAGAAUGUUUAUUUCAAAAUUAAUCUAGUUUUCUGUACAUUUAUAUUUGAUUAAGAACAUGACAACUGGCUCUUAUCCAGUCUUCCUUCAUAUCAGUUUUCUGAUAGACCACUAUUGGCAAACAGUAAUCUGUCAACUACCAAAUGUGUAAAAUUUUCUGUAUUUCACUUUGUCUUAUUUGUAAAUAGUGAACUAAAACUUCUGGCAGAUCAGCAACAUUUGCUGAGCCUGUUUUUUAAGCUAAUGUGUAUUCUUACUGAUGUUCCUAUCAAGAAAGGAUUUGUAAUAUAUGCUGUCUAUUUCUGAUGUUCACAUUCAUAUUUUGAGGUUCUAUCUUAUUUUAAUAGAGAACAGACUUCUCAAAAAAAAAAAUCUUCCAAAGCAUCUUAUUAUUGGAAUAUCAAAAUAUUGAAAUAAACCCGGUGGGGUUAGAUUACUCAUCUGUCCACCAAGUGGGACAUUUGCAUGGACUUGGGGGCUUAAAGGACUUAGAAGACCUGAAAGUAAAUCCUGAAAAUGAGCCAAUCCCCACUUGAAUGGUUACUGGAGUAAACCCACCUCUACUACCCUGAUUUCAGCACCUGAGGCAUAUAAAUCAACUUGGCUCUGUUACAUUUUUCUUCUCUUCAUUUGUGAUGCUCAGAUCCAAGAUGUGUGUUCUAGACUAUGUACAGGCUUCUCUUUUGUUGGAUUAAAAUUAUAGUCCUGCUUUUGUAUGGACACAUUAGAAUAUAAAGUGACCAAAAUAGAAGAGCCAUUAGAUAUUUUUCAGAUGUCAGCAGAUUUGUGGCAAAUCAUUUGCCUUUUUAAAAAUUCCACUUAAGCAAUUCAGACUACUCAGAAAAGAAAAUUAUUUGACAUAACUGUCUAAGAGGUAAAUAUUUUUUAGUGCGUAUUGAAUGAAAUAAAGUGCUCUACAGAAAUCA